AUGCUGCGACUCACUACGAACUCACUCCCACCCAUUCUUUCCGUCCAGGACUUGAACCACCAUGCGAACUACGAGCACCUCUCCUGCGUGGCCUCCUUGCUAAGUGGCCUGGCCAAGUACCGCGAUGCCUUUGUGAUCGAUGUCAUCGACUCGUUGCUGGAGAACAUCCAGGUGACCCUCGAGCGGAACGACUUCCGGGAGAUGCCAUUGAGGGUCCGGCAGGUGAAGUUGGUGGGGGAGCUUUACAACUACCGCCUGGUCGACUCGGUCUUGGUCUUUGAUUCCUUGUACCAGUGCGCCGGGCGACGUACGGCGCUUUUUUCGCGCGGAGUCCGCGCCUGGUGUUUCACACGUUUGAACGCCGGGUGCCUGGAGCUGGCAGGUGGUUGUUGGGAACCUGACGUGUGA